CUCAAAACAUUUGCUUCUGAAUAUUCCCAUAUUUCCAUCGUGUGGGUUCUUCACACGCACCCUGCCAAAGUCACAGAGACACCCUCUGUCUUUCUCUCUCUCUAAUAACCUUUUUAUAUUUCCAUUUCCAGAACACGUACGUUUCUCUCUUCACCUUCACGCCAUGUCACACUCAGGCAGUCUUUCUUGAUUCCGAUCAAGAACCCUCCAUCUCUCAUUCUUUCGUGAUCAGAUCAGCACCAUCAAUGAGGAAAGAAGAAAGAGUUUCUUCAGAGCAAGACAAAGCCUUGGAGAUCAACUUGAUCUCUGCGCAGAAUCUCAAACCCCCAACCUCUAACUUGCGUCGCAUGCAAACCUACGCCCUCGUAUGGGUCGACCCGGCUCACAAGGUCCGAACCCGAACCGACCGUCUCGGCGCUGAAAACCCUACCUGGAACGAUAAAUUCUUCUUCAAAGUCCCACCGGACUUCCUCUCCAGCGAGACCUCCGCCGUCUCCAUUCAGAUCUUCGCCGUAGGUUGCCUCCGCGACCAUCUCAUCGGCACCGUCCGAUUCCUCACCAGCAACUUCAUUUUCUCUCAGGCGAGGACUCCUGCUUUCUCCGCCGUCCAGAUCCGCCGCCCCUCGGGAAGAUUCCACGGAGUAUUAAACAUCGGCGCUUCGGUCAUCGAUGGUUCAGAAUUUCCGGCGAUGGGAGAAAGAUCGGCGAUUGGAUUCCCCGAGCAAGUGGGAGAGAGUGAACGGAGGUGGCGCCAUAGGAUUCGGUCUAGCGCCGGCGCCGGCGCCGGCGAGAAUGAUGUAUCGGUCGGUGGGGAAUCAAUGACGUCGUCGUCGUUUUCGUCUUCGACUUCGACUUCGACUUCGACUUCGAAGGUGUUGGAGGAUUGGAAUGGGAUUCGGGGGGAUUUGGCGGGAAACAAAGGGUUGAAUAUGAGGAGAGCAUCGGACGGUUCAGGAUUGUUGUGUGGAUUGAUGAUGAUGCAGAGGAAGUUUUGUUCGUAUCCGUAUCCGUCUGUCUCCGAUGAUUUUGAGUGGGUUCCAGAAAAAAAAAGUGUGAGGUAGAUAUAAAUCAAUGGUUUUGAUCUAGUAGGUAGUAGUAUUUUGUAUUUGAUAAUGAAUGGUGGAGAUCAGAUCAUCUCCACUACAUGGGUCUGUCUGUCUCAGACUCUCAAUUUUUACUCACUAGCUUUGCCCCAUUCACAUUAAGAGAUAUUAUAAUAAUACGAACAUGAGACUUUGCUUGUAACUUCUCUUCAUUCAGGAAC